AUGGAUCCCUCUGAUCAGGGGGAAUCUUCUGACCAAUCACAUACUAGGAGUGCAAAUGUCCAUUUAGGAUCCCACACUGCAGAGAGAUCAACAGAUCCAUCUAAUCCCGAGGAAUCUUCCGCACCCCAUGAAGGAGCUCACCGAGGGGACAAUCUAUUCUCAUGUUUAGAGUGCGGGAAAUGUUUCAGUAAGAAAAGAAACCUUGUUACACAUCAGAGAAUUCACACGGGUGAGCGUCCCUAUUCAUGUUCAGAAUGUGGGAAAUGUUUCCAUAAAAAACAUCAUCUUCUUAGACACCAGAAAAUUCACACGGGUGAGCGUCCCUAUUCAUGUUCAGAGUGUGGGAAAUCUUUCACUCAGAAAGGAGAACUUGUUACACAUCAGAGAAUUCACACAGGUGAGCGUCCUUAUUCGUGUUCAGAGUGCGGUAAAAGUUUCAGUAAGAAAGGAAACCUUGUUAAACAUCAGAGAAUUCACACGGGUGAGCGCCCCUACUCCUGUUCAGAGUGCGGGAAAUCUUUCAUUCAUAAAGGAGACCUUGUUGUACAUCAGAGAAAUCACACAGGUGAGCGUCCUUAUUCAUGUUCAGAGUGCGGGAAAUCUUUCAUUCAUAAAGGAGCCCUUGUUAAACAUCAGAGAAUUCACACCAGUGAGCGUCCUUAUUCAUGUUCCGAGUGUGGGAAAUCUUUCAUUUAUAAAGGAGACCUUGUUGUACAUCAGAGAAAUCACACAGAGUGCGGGAAAUCUUUCCAUAAAAAACAUCAUCUUGUUACACACCAGAAAAUUCACACGGGUGAGCGUCCCUACUCAUGUUCAGAGUGCGGGAAAUCUUUCAUUCAUAAAGAAGGCCUUGUUAAACAUCAGAGAAUUCACAUGGAUGAGCGACCUUAUUCAUGUUCAGAGUGCGGGAAAGCUUUCAUUCAUAAAGGAGCCCUUGUUAAACAUCAGAGAAUUCACACCGGUGAGCGUCCUUAUUCAUGUUCAGAGUGCGGGAAAUGUUUCACUCAGAAAGGAGACCUUGUUAGACAUCAGAAAAUUCACACAGGUGAGCUUCCUUAUUCAUGUUCAGAGUGCGGGAAAUGUUUCACUCAGAAAGGAGACCUUGUUAGACAUCAGAAAAUUCACACAGGUGAGCUUCCUUAUUCAUGUUCAGAGUGCGGGAAAUGUUUCACUCAGAAAGGAGACCUUGUUGUUCAUCAGAGAAUUCACACAGGUGAGCGUCCUUUUUCAUGUUCAGAGUGCGGGAAAUCUUUCACUAAUAAAGGAGGCCUUGUUAAACAUCUUAGAAUUCACACAGAACUUUUUGUACAUCAGAGAAAUCACACAGGUGAGCGUCCUUAUUCAUGUUCAGAGUGUGGGAAAUCUUUCACUUGUAAAGGAGACCUUGUUAAACAUCAGAAAAUUCACACGGGUGAGCGUCCUUAUUCAUGUUCAGAGUGCGGGAAAUGUUUCACUCAGAAAGGAAUCCUUGUUACACAUCAGAGAAUUCACACGGGUGAGCGUCUUUAUUCGUGUUCAGAGUGCGGGAAAUCUUUCACUCAGAAAAGAGACCUUGUUACACAUCAGAGAAUUCACACAGGUGAGCGUCCUUUUUCGUGUUCAGAGUGCGUGAAAUCUUUCAUUCAUAAAAGAGCCCUUGUUAAACAUCAGAAAAUUCACACGGGUGAGUGUCCUUAUUCAUGUUCAGAGUGCGGGAAAUGUUUCCAUAAAAAAUCUCAUCUUGUUACACAUCAGAGAAUUCACACGGGUGAGCGUCCUUAUUCAUGUUCAGAGUGCGGGAAAUCUUUCACUCAUAAAGGAGACCUUGUUAUACACCACAGAAUUCACACGGGUGAGCGUCCUUAUUCAUGUACACAGUGCGGGAAACCUUUCGCUCGUAAAACAGAACUUGUUGUACAUCAGAGAAAUCACACAGGUGAGCGUCCUUAUUCAUGUUCAGAGUGUGGGAAAUCUUUCGCUUGUAAAGGACACCUUGUUAAACAUCAGAAAAUUCACACGGGUGAGCGUCCUUAUUCAUGUUCAGAGUGCGGGAAAUGUUUCCAUAAAAAAUCUCAUAAAAUUCACACGGGUGACCGUCCUUAUUCAUGUACACAGUGCGGGAAAUCUUUCACUCGUAAAGUAGACCUUGUUGUACAUCAGAGAAAUCACACAGGUGAGCGUCCUUAUUCAUGUUCAGAGUGCGGGAAAUCUUUCACUCAGAAAGGAAUCCUUGUUAAACAUCAAAGAAUUCACACGGGUGAGCGUCCUUAUUUGUGUUCAGAGUGCGGGAAAUCUUUCCAUAAAAAACAUCAUCUUGUUACACACCAGAAAAUUCACACGGGUGAGCGUCCCUACUCAUGUUCAGUGUGUGGGAAAUCUUUCAUUCAUAAAGGAGACCUUGUUGUACAUCAGAGAAAUCACACAGGUGAGCGUCCUUAUUCAUGUUCAGAGUGCGGGAAAUCUUUCACUCAGAAAGGAAUCCUUGUUAAACAUCAAAGAAUUCACACGGGUGAGCGUCCUUAUUCGUGUUCAGAGUGCGGGAAAGCUUUCCAUAAAAAACAUCAUCUUGUUACACACCAGAAAAUUCACACGGGUGAGCGUCCCUAUUCAUGUUCAGAGUGCGGGAAAUCUUUCAUUCAUAAAGGAGACCUUGUUAAACAUCUUAGAAUUCACACAGAACAGAACCCUCCUAAGGACCAUGACCGGAACCACGGUGCACAAGGCCGAUCUCACACUGCAGAGAGACCAACAGAUCCAUCUAAUCCCAAGGAAUCUUCCUCAUUCCAUGAAGGAGCUCACCGAGGGGACAAUUUAUUCUCAUGUUCAGAGUGCGGGAAAUGUUUCACUCAGAAAGGAAACCUUGUUAAACAUCAGAAAAUUCACAUGGGUGAGCGUCCUUAUUCAUGUUCAGAGUGCGGGAAAUCUUUUGCUCAUAAAGGAGAUCUUGUUGUACAUCAGAGAAAUCACACAGGUGAGCGUCCUUAUUCAUGUUCAGAGUGCGGGAAAUCUUUCACUCAGAAAGGAAUCCUUGUUAAACAUCAGAGAAUUCACACGGGUGAGCGUCCUUAUCUGUGUUUAGAGUGUGGGAAAUCUUUCCAUAAAAAACAUCAUCUUGUUACACACCAGAAAAUUCACACGGGUGAGCGUCCCUACUUAUGUUCAGAGUGCGGGAGAUCUUUCAUUCAUAAAGGAGACCUUGUUAAACAUCAGAGAAUUCACAUGGAUAAGCGUCCUUAUUCAUGUUCAGAGUGCGGGAAAGCUUUCACUCAUAAAGGAGCCCUUGUUAAACAUCAGCAAACUCACACCGGUGAGCGUCCCUAUUCAUGUUCAGAGUGCUGGAAAUCUUUCACUCAGAAAGGAGCCCUUGUUAAACAUCAGAAAAUUCACACAGGUGAGCUUCCUUAUUCAUGUUCAGAGUGCGGGAAAUGUUUCACUCAGAAAGCAGACCUUGUUGUUCAUCAGAGAAUUCACACAGGUGAGCGUCCUUUUUCAUGUUCAGCGUGCGGGAAAUCUUUCACUCAGAAAGGAGCCCUUGUUAAACAUCAGAUAACUCACACAGCUGAACUUCCUUAUUCAUGUUCAGAGUGCGGAAAAUCUUUUAAUUUAAAAAAAAACCUUGUUAAACAUCAGAGAAUUCACAUUGGUGAGCGUCCUUAUUCAUGUUCAGAGUGUGGGAAAUCUUUCAAUUCCAAAGAAAACCUUGUGAAACAUCAGAGAAUUCACACAGGGGGUGCGUCCUUAUUCAUGUUCAAAGUGUGGGAAAUCCUUCACUCAGAAUGGACACCUUGUGCAGCACCAGAAACUUCACACGGGUGA